CUUUUAUGGCAAGCUUUCACAUUUGCCUGAAACCGGCGUUAUGGUCACACCAACGCCAUCCCGGACUGAAAACCUUUUUAUUGAUUUGUGUCGGAAACUGAAGGAUAAUAAGGAUAACGACCACCAUGAGCGGCUAUCGAGGCAUUGGCGGCGGCGGGUUUCCCUACCGAAAGACCGCCUCAUCUGGAAACAACAUGAACGCAGUGCCACCGCCUCCUGUGCUAAACUCCCGGGGCUACCGCGGAGGCGUAACUCCUUCCGCUGCUCGGGGCGGAACGGCGGGAAGUACUACAUCCAAGCACGGAUACACGACGCUGGAUUCCAUAAGUCAGUAUACAAACUCCACAAACUUUGUGGGCAAAAGGAAGCAGCACUCGGAGGACGAUUACUUCGACGACGACGACGAACCCGCCAAUAAGGAGUUGGAACAGGCCUACAUACCAGCACCUGGGUCCCCGGGAGCCCCACCACCACCAGCAAAGAAGAAGGAUGAGUCUGACUCCGAUGAGGAUCCGUUGGAGCAGUUCAUGGCCGGCAUCAACCAACAAGUGGAGAAGGAGAAGCGCCAGAAUCAUCCCAAGGUCCAGGAGAAAGCGGUGCGCCAUGACAUAGACGAGGAGGACGAUGAGGAGAGUUACUACCGCUACAUGGAGGAGAAUCCCAAUGCGGGAUUGCGGGACGACGGCUCCGAUCAGGAGGUGGAGUACGACGAGGACGGCAAUCCGAUAGCUCCGCCCAAAAAGAAAGACAUAGAUCCUCUGCCGCCCAUCUAUCAUUCUGAAAUCGAAUACGACUCCUUCGAGAAGAACUUCUACACGGAACACGAAGACAUUGCAGCUCUGGACGAGGAGAAGGUCAGGGAUCUGCGGCGCACACUGGGUGUCAAGGUCACUGGGCCCUCGCCACCCAAGCCGGUGACUUCGUUUGGUCAUUUUGGCUUCGAUGAGCCCCUCCUGAAGGCCGUAAGGAAGGCGGAGUACACUCAACCCACUCCUAUUCAGGCCCAGGCUGUACCCACCGCGUUGUCGGGAAGAGAUAUAAUCGGCAUCGCCAAGACGGGCUCCGGAAAAACGGCAGCCUUCAUUUGGCCACUGCUCAUGCAUCUGAUGGACCAAAAGGAGCUGCAGCCGGGCGACGGACCUAUCGGCCUCAUUCUGGCGCCCACUCGUGAGCUCUCUCUGCAAAUAUACAACGAAGCCAAGAAGUUUGGCAAGGUCUACAACCUGAACGUGGUGUGCUGCUACGGAGGUGGCUCCAAGUGGGAGCAAAGCAAAGCCCUGGAGCAGGGAGCGGAGAUCGUUGUGGCCACGCCGGGCCGCAUGAUAGACAUGGUCAAGAUGAAGGCCACCAACCUGAAGAGAGUAACGUUCUUGGUGCUCGACGAGGCCGAUCGCAUGUUCCACAUGGGCUUCGAGCCUCAGGUGCGCUCCAUUUGCAACCACGUCCGCCCCGACCGACAGACCCUUCUGUUUUCCGCCACCUUCAAGAAGCGCAUCGAGCGCCUGGCCAGGGACGUGCUCACUGAUCCAGUGCGAAUCGUCCAGGGAGAUCUAAACGAGGCCAAUCAGGACAUCACCCAGUCCGUUUUCGUCUUCCCCAAUCCCCUGCAGAAGUGGAACUGGCUGCUGUGCCACCUGGUUAAGUUCCUGUCGGAGGGAAGUGUUCUCAUCUUCGUGACCAAAAAGGCGGAUGCCGAAACAGUGGCCAACAACCUGUUGGUCAAGGAGUACAACUGCCUGCUGCUCCACGGCGACAUGGACCAGGCGGACAGAAAUAAAGUCAUCACACAGUUCAAGAAGAAGGAAUGCGACAUACUGGUGGCCACCGAUGUCGCAGCCAGAGGUCUGGACAUACCGCACAUCAGGAACGUUGUCAACUACGACAUUGCCAGGGACAUUGAUACGCACACCCAUCGAAUCGGACGAACGGGAAGGGCUGGGGAAAAGGGCAAUGCCUUCACGCUGGUUACCGACAAGGACAAGGAGUUUGCAGGACAUCUGGUGCGGAAUCUGGAAGGAGCCGACCAGCAGGUGCCGGAGGAUCUAAUGGAGUUGGCCAUGAAGAGCUCCUGGUUCCGGAGCUCUCGAUUCAAGCAGGGGAAAGGACGGAAGCCGGCGAAUACCUACACCGGCUUGGGAUAUCGGGAGCGGGGAAAUGGACCCGGAGCAGGAUCAGGAUCGGGAUCUGGAACUGGAUCUGGUUCUGGAUCAAGCGGAGCAAGUGCCAGCACAUCAGGAGGAGAAGGUCCUUCGAGUAAACCCAUUUCAGCCGCAGGACCAGCCACGGAUCGAUAUGCCGCCAUGAGGGAGGCCUUUCGGUCGCAGUACAACUCACAGUUCCGAGCGUCCAGCGACCGGACAUGGGAGAAAACUCUACCGGAAUCGGGGGUAUUUGCCGCGCCCAUGGCACCAUCAUCAGGAUCAUCCCAGGGACCUGCCUCAGUCGCCUCCUCCACAUCCAGUUCGUCUGGAAGCCAAGACUCGAAAAGAGCCAAAAAAAGCCGCUGGAAUUAAACUGAUAAAGAUUUUGAAGAAAACUGACACGAUUAUAUUUUGUUUAUUUCUCGUUCAUAUUAUUUAAUGUGUAUUUGCUUUUGUUCCAUCAUUUAAAAUUACAGCUUAUGGACUAAAUUUAAACAUAUAUAUAUAUAUUUAUAUAUAUAUAAUCAGAUAUAUACGAUGUUCAUUCAUAAAUGUUACGUUAGUUAAAUACUCGUAUGUACAACUCUCUUCCUCCGCAGUCGGAUUCGGAUCGGAUUUGAGAUUAUAUUCACGAUCCGAUCCGAUCCGGUAUGAUCGAUCGAUCCCACAGAUCCAAAUAAAAAUCAUCUAACUGUAAUCUUGGUUAUGUGUAUUUUAUUUUGAAUAAAAUCACAUUUGCGCAUCCCAACUUUCUGUCAAUCAUCUCGUGAUCAUCGUUAAUAGUUGUCGUUCCAAGCGAGAGAAGAAUUCGAAUUCGAAUUUUGAAGCUAAAUUGUUCGUUAAUCUUUAUGAAAUAUUGUUUUACAAUGAAACCACUACGAAUUUUGUUUUCUUUUUCGCUUUUUCAUUUGGAUAUAAGUGUUUUUUUUUUGUUUAGUUUUUUUUUAUAUAAUAAUUGAAUUACUUGUGUUCUUGAUAACAUUGAGAAGAGAUAGAGAUUCAUUUAACUACCACAUCGAGGCGAUUUUGCGUAAAUUUUCAAGUUUUAUUUUUAUCCAUUUUUUUUGCAUUUAUUUUUUAGAUAUUUUUGUUUUUUGUAAAGCGCUGAAUUUUGGAAUUAGCCUGGACAAAGCUUAAAAAUUUCGCUAUAUUUGAAUAUCAUAUCCGAUACGUACAUAUAUAUAUUUAUGCCGUUAUAUAUAGUUCGCAUAUAAUCUACUCAGAGAAUCGUCGGUGUGUGGGUGUUAUAUAUAUAUUUGUUGUAUAUAAAAAUUGGUCCAUGUUAACCACAUCGUACGAAACAUAUAGAGAGAGAGGAACUCAAAAUUCAAAACAGAAUCGAGAUAUCUUGUGGGGGGAUUUUCAAAAAAAAAAAAAAAAUCUAAAAUAAAGAAAAAGAA